AUGGCCGCUCCUCAGGUUCACCACCUUUUCCAUGCACCAAUUGCCGACCACUCGUUCUCCUCUGAUAAGAAGACACUUGCUGUCGCCCGGGAGAACAAUGUGGAGCUAUAUCAACAAUCAGGCAACAAGUUCGCGCUGAGCGAUGAACUCAAGGGGCACGAAAAGCUUGUUACUAGUGUUGAUAUUGCUCCCAACAGCGGCCGGAUUGUCACUUGCUCGCAGGACCGCAAUGCCUACGUUUGGGAGAAGACCGCCACCGGAUGGAAACCCACUCUAGUCCUUCUCCGAAUCAAUCGAGCCGCAACCUUUGUGCGCUGGUCCCCAUCGGAGCAAAAGUUCGCGGUUGGCUCUGGCGCUCGAGUGAUUGCUGUCUGUUACUUCGAGGAGGAGAACGACUGGUGGAUCUCGAAGCACUUGAAGAAGCCCAUUCGCAGUACCAUCACAACCCUGGCAUGGCACCCGAACUCCGUCCUGCUGGCAGCCGGAUCAACCGAUUCCCACGCCCGAGUUUUCUCUAGCUUCAUCAAGGGCAUUGACACUCGUCCAGAGCCCAGCGCGUGGGGAGAGCGCCUUCCUUUCAAUACCAUCUGUGGUGAAUAUCUGAAUGAUACCGCUGGCUGGAUUCAGGGUGUUGCCUUCUCCCCUAGUGGAAACGCCCUUGCCUUCACUGGACACGACAGCAGUGUGACCGUUGUGUACCCCAGCGCCCCGGAACAACCCCCCGCGGGCGAUGUUGAACAUCUCUACUCGUCUGCUGCCGCUUAA